CUUUCCUCUCCGCGUCGCGCUGCUGCUACAAAUCGCAAUUCCCCAAUCCAAACAUAUUCCCCCCUCUCUUCUCCCCGCCUCCUCUUCCCCCCCGUUCCCAUCUCCCGCCGCCGCGGCGCACGCCCGGAGGAGCAGCAGCUGCCGCCAGCGCCGCGGGGCUGCGGAUAAGGUUUUCUGAAGCAGUGGAAGAAUUUUCUGGAUGGCUUGUGCUGCAGCAACUGAUGAUUCUGCUGCGAGCACUGCUGGGAUGAGGGAUGAGGAUCGUAGCCUGUCUGGCGAGUCGUUGUCGGAGUGGCGGUCCUGUGAGCAGGUGGAGAGCGAGAGCCCUUCGACCUCCCCACCAUUUUGGGACACUGAUGGUGAUGAUGAUGAUCCUGGCCCCAAACCUUCAGAUUUAUUUGGGCGGUAUACUUGGAGAAUUGAAAAUUUUUCAAAGGAGAAGAAAAGAGAAAUGAAAAGCGAGCCAUUUGAAGCUGGUGGUUACAAAUGGUAUAUUCUUGUAUACCCUCAAGGAUGUGAUGUCUCCAACCACCUAUCGCUUUUUCUCUGUGUUGCUAACCAUGACAAACUUCUUCCAGGGUGGAGCCAUUUUGCUCAGUUCACUAUAGCUGUAGGCAAUAUAGAUCCUAAGAAAGUAAAAUACUCUGAUACUUUGCAUAAGUUCUGGAAGAAGGAGCAUGAUUGGGGGUGGAAAAAAUUUAUGGAGUUAUCAAAGAUUCAGGAUGGUUUUCUUGUUGACGAUGUUCUUGAAAUCAUAGCUCAAGUUCAAGUUAUCAGGGAGAAGGUGGACAAACCAUUUCGUUGCCUCGAUCGUCCUUAUCGAAGAGAAUUACUCCGUGUUUAUACAACAAACAUCGAGUCAAUAUACCGGCGUUUUGUUGAGGAACGAAGAAAUAAACUUAGCAAGCUGAUUGAGGACAAAAUGAGAUGGUCCAGUUUUUGUGCUUUCUGGUCAGCAAUUGACACAAGUACUAGGCAUCGAAUGUCCAGAGAGAAGACUGAUGUCAUAUUAAAAUUUUUAGUGAAGCAUUUUUUUGUGGAGAAAGAGGUUACUUCAACAUUAGUGAUGGAUUCUUUGUAUACGGGCUUGAAGGCUCUUGAAUACCAGAGCAAGGACAAGAAAGGGAGAAUGCUAGCAGAGUUGGACGAACUGCCUGCACCCAUGAUCCAUGUUGAUAUGGACAUGUUUGUUUUGGCUAGUGAUGUUAUAGAUUUACUGGAGAGAGCAGCCUUAGAACCACUGCCUUGUCAACCUGUAUCUCCAAAGGAUGACAAAUGCUCCCAGAGUCGCAUGAAGGAUGGUACUUCUGGCGAGGUUAACAAAAUUUCCAUGGAGCGCGAGGAAAGGCGCCUAACUGAGCUCGGUCGGAAGAUACUUGAAACAUUCGUGCUAUCUCAUAUAUUCAGCGGAAUUGAAGUUGCGUACCAAGAAGCUGUUGCUUUGAAGAGGCAAGAAGAGUUAAUUCGAGAGGAGGAGGAGGAGGCAUGGCUUCUUGGAAAUGAGACGAAGGGGAAGAGGGGUGGUGCUGUAAAUGAAAAAGAUAAGCGUGCAAAGAAGAAACAGGCCAAACAAAAGAAAAACAAUCGUAAGGUUAAAGACAAGGAAAGAGAUGAAAAAUUUGAAGCAAAGAUUCUGGAAAGACUUCAUGAUGAAACUGCGAUUGAUGAUAGUGAUGGGUUAUCAUCAAAGCGGGCAGAAGAAGUGACAACAAAGGUUGAUACCUUGGAAGAAGGUGCUUCUGAUAGGCAAGGUGAUCUAGAUAGUUCAGUAACGGCGCCUGACAAGUAUCCUAGACAAAUGAAUGGUCUGAGUGAUGUUGCUAGCAAUGCAAGCAGUGUACAAAAAGUAAAGAGAGACGCCUCUUUGGAGGUUAACUCGCCAGCCAUUUUGGCUGAUUCUGUUGCUGCAAGUGGCAUUCAUAGCAAAGGGAACAAUUUGUCAGACAGUAAAAAUCGCAUGACACCAAAUAGAGGGAAAAAUCAGCGUAACAAGGGCAUAAGCAUUAUUAACUUUGCUGAGGAAAGUGAAGGCAUUCCCUCAAGUUCUGCUUGUGGUUCAGCUCGCUAUAGUUCUAGUUGUGGCACGGCUCCAAAGUUGGACCAAGAUACCGUUCUACUCACCUUGAAGGAUAAACUUCGUAAGCUGGGGCAGCGUCUGCAUGAGAAAAAUAUUGAGGGGAGAAAACUUCUCCAAGCUCAUUUUGAAGCCAUGGAAGCAAAGGCAAGUGGUUCAUCUCCCUCAUCCAGUUCUUUGGAGGAAGCACCUGAUAUUGUGAAGAGCCCCGAGCAGUCUCCAGAAGUUACAACAGAUGCAAAAGCUAAUGGGAUACCAAAUAAGGAUGAACCCAUGACAAAUCAUGGGCGAGAGGAAUCUGUCUCAGUCAUUCCAGCCACAAAGAGUACUGAAGCUUUGUCUGGUAUGACCCUUCCUAAAACAAAAGUUGACCCAGUUUCAAAUAAAGAUCAUGUCCCAAAGCCAACAUUGCAUACCAAUAGAGCAUCUAUUAAUUGUUCAAAAUCAACUCCACUUGAUGUGGAGAAAGAUGCUCCUCUUCCUUCAAGAUCACCACACAUUAAUAAAGCUGCUACAGUUCCUCCAAAAUCUCCACAAGUUGGUAAUGCUACUCCAGCUCAUCCGAAAUCUCCACCAAUUGAAAAGGCUUGUCCAGCUCCCCCCAAAUCACCAAUUGGUGCUAAAGAUACAUCCCUUCCUUCAGUGAGAUCACUUCAAGUUGAUAAGCCCAUCCCAGUCCCUCCAAGAUUGCCACAAGUUGAUAAAGUUGCUUCACUUUCUUCAGAAUUGCCACAAACUUCUACUGCUAUUUCUGAAGCUCAAGAAGAGACUACUGCCAAGAGGGUCACAUCUCCCUCAGUUUCUGAUGUUGCUGUCACAGCUUCAAGACCUUCAAGUGCCCCUGUGUUCCCUGCCCCAAGACCUACACAAGUACAAGCUUCCACAUUGCUUUCCCGCUCAAUGAGCGAAGCAACUCGAAGAUCAGGAAAUGAUCCGUCCCCUUCUGCACCAGCUUACAUUCCCCAGACCUACCGUAAUGCCAUCAUCGGUAAGCAUGGGCGGGGUACAGCCUCAGCAGCUACAACAUAUCAGUCAACCUCUCUGGGCCAAAGUGCUUCCCUUUCACAGCCACUGUCAACAUAUGCACCAACUAUGUCUGUGACGAUGCCUCCUGCUGUAAGGAACGAUCAGUUUUCUGGUAGGCGAGGAUUGGAGUCUGGAUUAGGAAAGCCAGAAGCACACGAUAGCUGGCAACCAUGGAAUGGAAACAGGCAUGUCGACAAACAUCUCUGGAGGGAUGACUCGACAUACCAACAAACAACCAACAGUCAUGCAUAUGUUAAUUUUCUGCAAGCAAGGGGCACAGAAACAGAAUCACCCAUCAGGUUUGGAGGGCCGCAACCACCUAGGCAGUUCCAAGCUGAGAUCCCUGCGGGGAUUAUCUUGCAACAAGCACAGGGGGCAGUGGCGGAAGAAUUUCCACAUCUUGACAUCAUAAACGAUUUGCUUGAGGAGGAACAGACCAAUGGUAGUAUGCCCGAGUCAAUUGGUCAUGAUUACCAAACAUUUGGUAUGCCGUUGCCAUUUUUGUUAAGAGGCAAUUUGGCAGAUUCGGAAAUGGGUUCUGCUAGCAGUCCUGGGCGGUUUAAUUUGGCUGAGCCUUAUUAUGACGAGGGAUUCUCAAGGGCUUAUGACAUGAGUGCUUUUCAGGGGACGAGGGAAAGGCAAUUUCCCUCCUUGGAUGCUUAUUCUAAUGGCUUGUCUGACCUAAGUCCAUCAAAGCCUUGGCUGAAUGGCUCCCCGAAUCCAUCCAUGAAUCAUGUCGUUGGCACAAAUGGAUUCCCCCAGCAGAUGCCGGACUACGCCACCAAUCUGGCGAGUGAGCUAAACGGAGGCUCUUUGUAUCAUCGCCGCUACGCCAACGGACGCUGGUAAUGUUAUGACGCCUGUAUACAGUCUUGCAAAUCAAAAAUAAUGCUUGUUACCUGUAAUAGAUGUUCAGUCUGGGUAUGAGCCAGUGUCAUGGCCUGUAAUUCCAAACUUUUAAUUCCAAAAGGGCAAAAGGGUUACAUUCUGUAAAGCGUUCGCCGUGUUUAGGCUGGUUAAUGCUAAGUCGAGUGCUUUUCUGAUCUAA